AUGUAUAAACCGAUGCAUCCGAGUCCCAGUAAAACCCUUCAAGAAGUUCAAGUUCUCCAAAAAGAAGCGUCGCUCUUCCUUCGAGAUCCAAAACUAGCCCACUUCAAGUUUGAAUCCGAAGACUCAAAGAUCAUCCAGACCCAACUUGACAGUCUCCUCUCAGAUUCAGACUCAGAUCUACAAGAGAACGCGAACUUGAACACUUUCCCCACGGCCGUAUACCUCGACGAAGAAGACCUGCACACGAAUGACAACACGCCACCCUCACUAAUCCCCCUCCAAAACCCCUUCCCCAACCACACAGAGUCCCUAGUCCACCUGAGCAUCCACAGCCAAGACGAAACAACUCUACAAAAUCACAUCCUCCUCCCACAGACACUAAUGCCAGUCCUAGGCAGAAUCUUCGUGCCGAGCAAGACUUGGCAUUUAGAGAACGUCUACAGCUUCCAAACGGAGACCAUGGCGUGGGUUGCGAUCCCGAUGACAUCUUACCACGAGUGUCGGACGCCUGAGGGCUUUCUGACAGAGAUAGAGCGUGCGCUCGAGUCGGGUGAUUCUUCAAGGCGUGUCAUUGUUGAUAAACCGGGUGUAGUCUCCAAGCAUGCUUUUUGGCUCCAGGUGCGCGGGUUUUUUCCCAGGUCGGAUGAUGUGUUUGCUGCUGCUAGACGGCAGGCGGGUUUACUGAGACAGCUUGUUAGCGGUGGGUAUAUUGUUCUGGGGCCGGAGGUUUUGGGUGCUGAUCAGGGACUUAGGACGGUGUACGUGCCGCCGAGUGAACAUGUUUAUUCUAGAUCUGAUUUCGGGUCUAUUCGGGGUUCCUUGGGGAAAAGGUCUUUGAGGUAG